AUGUCUUCUCUCUUCCGAGACUCCCCGGCGGGGCAGAUACUACGCCUGAUUUCCCGGGAUGGCUUCCUGGCCUAUCCGGAGGAGACGGCAGGCUUUAAGCUGCCAGAGUCUUGGCAGAGAGUCAUGGAUGGCAACACGGAACCAGUGUCAUCCGGUGACGGUCAGCCGCCAUCUUCGGCAGAAGACACAGCUGAGGACUCCGACAAGUCCAACGAUCGCGAUGAGGCCCAGCUUGCUUUUCCCUCUCCAGUGCGUCUGCCGCACGACAAUGCAGCUCUACAUCCCGAGGCGGGCAUUCCGGUCAGCCACGAGAAAGGGUUGAAGAGACUGCGAUCUGUUCUUGUGGUUCCAAGAGUUAAAGAUGGUAUCAUCUUGGUCGAUUGGUACACCAGCGAUGAUCCUGACAACCCGGAAAACUGGUCUCACUUCCGCCGCGGCAUGAUCACAUUCUUCCUGUACUUGUACACGUCCGUCAUCUACAUGUCCUCUGCCAUCUACACACCUUCCGAAGAUGGGGUCAUGGAGGAGUUUGGGGUCAAUCACACGGAGGCUGCGUUGGGUUUGGCUUUGUUUGUUCUCGGGUAUGGCGUCGGCCCUCUGAUCUUCAGCCCGCUGGGCGAGAUACCAUCCAUCGGCCGCGGCUGGGUCUACAUCAUCACCAUGUUCCUCUAUGUGAUGAUUUCGAUUCCCACCGCGCUGGUUCAGAACUAUCCCGGCCUCAUGGUCCUGCGCUUUCUCCAGGGGUUCCUUGGCUCACCAUGCCUGGCUUCCGGCGGCGCCACGCUUGGGGACAUGUACGAGCUGAUUGAUCUUCCGUAUGCUCUGAUCGGUUGGGUCUCAGCCGUGUGGUGUGGUCCGGCUCUGGGACCUCUCGUGGCUGGAUGGUCAGUUCCCGUCAUGGGAUGGCGCUGGUCACUCUUGGAAGCUCUUUGGGCAGCUUCGGUCAUGUUCUUGGUCAUGCUCUUCCUCCUGCCUGAAACUUCUCAUGAUCACAUUCUUUUGAAGCGCGCGCAAAGAUUACGCCGUAUCACAGGUGAUGAUCGCUUGAUGUCUCAGAGUGAGCUCGAUGAAGCUAAGCUCAAGUUCAGGGAGGUUAUGGUCGAAGCACUUAUCAAACCCAUCGAGAUCACAUUCAAAGAUCCAGCAAUGAUCUUCCUGCAAAUCUACACAGCGAUCGUUUACGGCGUCUACUAUUCCUACUUCGAGGUCUUCCCGCUUGUCUACGAAGAUAUGUACGGGAUGUCGGUUGGCCAGAUGGGCAUCGUAUUUCAGUGCAUCUUCGUCGCCAAUGCCAUCGGGAUUGCCAUUUACAUCGCUUACUUGGCAUGCUACCUCAACCCACGCAUCCGAGCUCGCGGCUUCCCGGUUCACGAAGUUCGUAUGGUCCCAGCUAUGCUCACCUCCUUCGGUGUUACGGGCGGGCUCUUCAUCUUCGCUUGGACCAGCCGUCCAGACUUCCCAUGGAUCGCAAGUGUCAUUGGUAUCACGGUCUACAGCUGCAAUCUCUUCGUAGUGAUGCAGUGCAUCUUCGUUUACAUCCCAGUCUCAUAUCCCAAGUACUCUGCCAGCCUCUUCGCUGCGAAUGACUUCUUCCGCAGCUCUUUGGCCUGCGGAUGUGUACUUUUUGGCCGACCUCUCUUCGUCAACCUGGGCGUCGACCGCGGAGUGUCCGUCUUGGCAGGCUUGUCGGGACUCGGUAUCAUUGGGGUUUGGGUGCUGUACUUCUACGGUGCUAAAUUGCGUUCAAUGUCCAAAUUCGCCGCCAAGGACUAA